GCCUUCGGCCAAUCGUCCUCCAGCCACGCUCGGCCGCGGGGUCAGAGUGCCGCCCGCGCUGAGGGUCGCGUCUUCCAGGCCCCGCUGGUCUCGCCGCCGCUCCCCGCGAUCGGACGCUCCCCACUCGCCUCCUCCCCGCGCUCGGUCCAGAGCGAAGCAUGUCUUCUGAGACAUUCCAAACAAAAGAGGGGGUGGCAGGGUGCCCCCACCUCUCCGGGACACACUCAGCCAAAAGGAGCCUGGAGCAGGGGCCCGCAGGGGACAAGGACACCAAGGAUCACCUGUGGAUCCGGCCUGAUGCCCCGAGCAGGUGCUCCUGGAAGCUGGGCAGGCCCAUCACCGACUCUCCCCAUCACCACACGGCCUUGGCAAAGUCGCCCAAAAUCUUGCCAAAUAUCCUGAAGAAAAUUGGAGAUACCCCCAUGGUGAGAAUCAAUAAGAUCGGGAAGAACUUUGGCCUGAAGUGUGAGCUGCUGGCCAAGUGUGAGUUCUUCAACGCGGGCGGGAGCGUGAAGGACCGCAUCAGCCAGCGCAUGGUGGAGGAGGCCGAGCGCGCCGGCAUCCUGAAGCCCGGGGACACCAUCAUCGAGCCGACGUCUGGGAACACAGGGAUCGGGCUGGCCCUGGCAGCUGCGGUGAAGGGCUACCGCUGCAUCAUCGUGAUGCCGGAGAAGAUGAGCAUGGAGAAGGUAGACGUCCUGCGGGCGCUGGGGGCUGAGAUCGUGAGGACGCCCACCAACGCCAGGUUCGACUCCCCCGAGUCACACGUGGGGGUGGCGUGGAGGCUGAAGAACGAGAUCCCCAAUUCCCACAUCCUGGACCAGUACCGCAACGUCAACAACCCCAUUGCUCACUACGACAGCACGGCCGAGGAGAUCCUACAGCAGUGUGACGGGAAGCUGGACAUGCUGGUGGCUUCGGCGGGCACAGGUGGCACCAUCACAGGCAUCGCCAGGAAGCUAAAGGAGAAGUGUCCUGGAUGCAAAAUCAUCGGGGUGGAUCCCGAAGGCUCCAUCCUUGCUGAGCCCGAGGAGCUGAACCGGACGGAGCUGACGGCUUACGAGGUGGAGGGCAUUGGCUAUGACUUCAUCCCCACGGUGCUGGACCGGACGGUGGUGGACAAGUGGUUCAAGUGCAACGAUGAGGAGUCCUUUGCCUUUGCCCGCAUGCUGAUUGCGCAGGAGGGACUGCUGUGCGGUGGCAGCUCUGGCAGCGCCAUGUCGGUGGCCGUGAAGGCGGCCCAGGAGCUGCGGGAGGGCCAGCGCUGCGUGGUGAUUCUGCCCGACUCUGUCCGCAACUACAUGUCCAAGUUCCUGAGCGACAGGUGGAUGCUGCAGAAGGGCUUCCUGAAGGAGGAGGACCUCACCAUGAAGAAGCCCUGGUGGUGGCACCUCAAAGUCCAGGAGCUGAGCCUGUCCACUCCGCUGACAGUGCUGCCCACGGUCACCUGCAAGCACACCAUCGAGAUCCUCCGGGAGAAGGGCUUCGACCAGGUGCCCGUGGUCGAUGAAUCGGGAGUGAUCCUGGGGAUGGUGACUCUGGGGAACAUGCUGUCAUGCCUGCUCGCUGGGAAGGUGCAGCCGUCAGACCAAGUUCACAAAGUCAUCUACAAGCAGUUCAAGCAGAUCCGCCUGACUGACCCGCUGGGCAUGCUCUCGCGCAUCCUGGAGAUGGACCACUUCGCCCUGGUGGUCCACGAGCAGAUCCAGUCACGGGACCAGGCCUUGGCAGGAGUGGUGGGGGGGCCUGCAGACCACAGCCCCGGGAAGUCCAGCAAGAGGCAGAUGGUGUUCGGGGUCGUCACCGCCAUUGACCUGCUGAACUUUGUGGCUGCCCGGGAGCGGGACCAGAAGACAAAGUCAGCAAAUGCCUUGGAAUCCAGAGUAGUCCAGCUCUGACCCCGCACAUGCCACCUGCUCUUUUGCUCCCACAAACACUAAACAAGCCUGUGUGCCUUCUAACUGCCCAGGGCUGGGGACUGCCCUGUUGCUAUGGGCAGCAAUGAGCAGGUUUAGGGUACUUAGCCCAAGGCCAGCAGAAAUGUUUCCCUUAACACCUGACACUUGGAUGAAUCUAUGGUUUAUUAAAAUGUGCUUUUCUUUUUAA